AUGGAUAUUUGCGAGCUUCAAAAUCGCAGUUUUGUCGACACUUGCAAAGAUCUCCAAUCGAGCUACGUCGUGACGGAUAUUGAAGAUAAACAGUCGCCGCUGAACAAUUACUGUUAUGGAUAUGGAAAUGAUGUUUUGCCGAAGCCGGCAGGGCCGUUCAUGGUGAAAAUUGAAUCUUGCUGCUGGGUCAAUUUUAUGAACGACUUUGGAAGAUUGAUUGGAAGCGGAAGUCCGAAGAAAGAAAGAAAUGAGCUGAAACUGAUUGCGAAGAUCAAUGAAUUAGAGAACAAUACUCCCCUGGUGAAAGUUCCUCCAAUUUGGCGAAUCAUGUCCGGCUGUCCCGAUCAAAUCCUCAACUUGAAUCCAGUCGACCUCGAUGGCGAUCUGAUCCGAUGCCGCUGGGCGACCGCAGAAGAGGCGAAAUCAGGAAGCUAUUGGCUCAACAAAUCUGACUUCGUUACUUCUAUUAGAUUUUUUGUUUUACCGCAUUUGACGCUGGAUAGAGAUGGCUGCAGGGUGAUUUAUGAUGGGACGAAGGAUUCGGCGAAGAUGGGAUACAAGCCGAUUGCGGUGAUGGUGGAAGAUAUUGAUGAUUCUGGGCGGAUCCUGUCUUCGAUUCCAGUUCAGUUUCUUGCGGAAGUCUGGAUCCCGCAGCCAUCGAAAUUCGGCGGCAAUAUCGGACGAAAAGGAGGCAAACAAAUCCCAAUCUACAAAUACCCAGAUCCAUACGAAGGCUUCCUCGACUACGAAGAUGGCGACGACCAUGAUGAUCAUGAAGAUUACUUCGAAGUUGACAACAUUCGGGUUCGACGGCAAGCUGAAAUCGACAGAACAAUCACCUUGAAUAAUCCCCAGCAAAGUGGCGGAAUUCCUGGGUACUGCGAUGCAAAGCCUGUUCUAGUCUUUCCAAGUCCACCUGCUGGCUCGACGAUUGUUGUGAAUAACAUGGUCGAAAUAAAGUUGAAAGCGGAGUCGAGAAAUGGAGAUAUCAAACGAUUUUUGUACAACAAGCCAAGAGGAAUGGACUGCACACCUGUCACAAAAACCGGGACUGUUACGUGCACUUGGACCCCCGCUCAAAGUCAAAACGGCAUUUUCAACUUCUGCUUCUGGGCAGAUGAUGUUAGAGGAUUGACAACUGAGCGACGAUGCAUCAAUUUGCGAACAGAAAUCAACGAUAUCUACUCAAUGAUCGACUUUUAUUUCGACAAGAGUGAGUUCAACUCUAACAGUUUCAGAGACUACGGUUGCACGGGAAAGGGAAACAUGAAGCCAGAAGCGCCAUCAGCAGGAGUUCCACUCGACGAAAUCGAUCACAUGAUCAACAACUGGAAGCACUGUACCAAAUGUGCUCUCAAGAAAGAAACAAGAGUCGCUUAUGACUUCGAUGAAAUGACAAAAGAAUGCAUCAAUCAAUUCGGAUCACUAGAACAUUCUCUCUGCUCAUGCGACUUGGACUUUGUUGAAAACAUGUCUUCGAACAUUGGAGACUUCAAUCCUGAGUUCCUUAAUUUCCCAAAGAACGAAUGCAAGCCUUUCCCUCCCGCCUUCAGAACAACUGCAAAAGGAGCCUGCUGCAUGUCUUCUUCAGGGGUUUUUUCAUGGUACAAUACUGAGAUCCGCGAAUGCUGCUUCAACGGACUAGUUCGUGACAUUGGCGAAUGCUGA